AUGAUCCCUUCCUCGUGUCUGCGACACAUGAUUAUUGAGCACCUCGAAGACACUUUGCUUCUCAUCGUGGCGCCCAUCCACCUCCUCUCCCAGCAGCGGCGCGGCGGACUCGCCGACUGGGGCAUGAAUACCGCACCAUACACCCCGCUCGAGUCGCUGCUCCUGUUCCAAGCCCUCCUUGUCCACGGCGUCGAGGCCGCCGCCUUUGCCCGCGUCUCGGAUCUCCUCAAGGCGAACGCUCUCAUCCGGCAUGACGCGUCCUACGACGCCGCACGCCUCAGCCCUGAUGCCCUGCGCCAGCUCUUCCUGCACCUAGUGCGGGAGGAGCUCAGGAGUGAGGCCGCCGCCGCCAAUGCGAACGCCAACCCGAACCUGAACUCCGACGCCAACCCUGCACUGUCGCCGAACUCGAGGAAGCGAAAGGCCCAGAGCCCUCCUCUGCCGUCGCUCAAGGAGGUCAUCGACAACUUUGGGAAGAUCCCCGUGCUGGUAGAGAAGCUCUACGCCAGGUAUCGGGAGCAGACGGUCAGGGCCAUCAGGGAGGAUGAGCGCAGAGCCGUCGCUUUGCAGCGGGAGAUUCAUGUUCUGGAGCAGGCCGAGCGUGAGGCAGAAAAGGCCCGGCUCGACGCGAAACGCCUGCCAGCAGCUGCGCAGGCCCAAAAUGCCACGCCCGUGCCGGCGCCGUCACCAACACCAACGCCGACGCCGACGCAGACACCAACGCCCGAUCUUCAACGCCCGCCUCAACCACCCAAGGGGCCCAGUCCCGUUCCCGCAACAACGCCUCAUACCGCGCCAUCACCAGGCCCCGUCGCGAUCCAGCCAGCAGUACCAACACCGUCGCCUGUCCCUGUCCAAGCGAAGCCAUCGCCCGGACCUCAACAACAACAACAACACCAGAUUCCUUCCCGCAAUGUGGCACCUCCGUCAGGACCCUCCCCGCCGCCGCCGCCGCCAACAGCCGUACCACAAGCGCAGACACCGUCCCUGGCACCCCAAGGCAAGGCUCAGCAGCCUUUCAAGCCAACAGGUCCCCCAAGUCAGGUCCUUCAACCGCCGAUGGGAGCCAGCCAGCCGAUGGGAGCCAGCCAGCCGCCGCCACGCAGCCUGCAAUCGACAACACCAGUGCCCUUGCCCGCCAUCUCCCCACGGCCAGAUGCCGCAAAGCCAAAGACGCCUGGACCAGCAGUGGCCGUGCCUGUGCCCAUUCCCCAGCCUGGGACCCCGAGCACGCUCAAAUGGGAGAAGCCAUACCAGCCCCCUGGACCGGCGGCGCCGCUCCAGGGACGCCCUACGCAACCACAGCCACCGGCAACCAAUGCGCCGUCUACACCUGGACAGGCGCAGCCGGCUGCUGCUUGGCAUCCACCACCCCAAGGACAGCAGCCUUCCAAUGCACCUCAGGCGCAAGCUCAGGCUCAGGCGCAAGCUCAGGCUCAGGCGCAUGUCCAAGCCCCAGCUCAGACUGUACAUCACGCCAAUGCCCAAGUACCACGACCACAGCAGCCGCCUUUACAGCAUCAGCAGCCGGUCCUUGUUCCCCCGCCAGCUGGGGGUCAACUCGUGCCACCUGCACAUCCGGCCAGCCGUGCUACCCCAAGUCUCCAACCUACUCAACCCACUGCGGCACCUCAGAGACCACCAUCUACGACCCCAGUACCCUCUCCGGCUAUUCCACAGGCACGCCCCGCCUCUGCUCAACCACUACAAACCCCUACGCAAGCUGCGACCGGCUACGUCCCACCUCAGAACCGGCCUAUCGCUGCAGCUCCAGCUCCAGCUGCUCCAACUCCAGCUACCCAGCAGCCGCCGCUGGUGCCACCACCAGGCUGGGUGGUCCAGCCUCCACCACAACAGACGCAGCAACAGACCGGCCAUACGCCGCAACUUGUGCAGCAGCAAUUUAGUCCUUCGCCUACCCCAUCGCACCCACAGACCCAGCCUGGUACCGCACAGAAGCGCGUUGGCUCACCUUACACCAACCAGCCUCCGAGGCCCGCCAUCCCAGCUCACUUGGCCGGCCAACUGCCUGCUUCACCAUCUCCGGCGCAGCGCACCCCUAGUAGUCUCGUUCCGCCCAAGACGCCGGUGGCCAGUUCCCCCUCCUUCAUCAUGACCGGGUCGGGCACACGAUGGACGGCAAAGUCAACCCCUUCGACACCACGACCACCUGCGCAGGGCCGACCGUCUGGAGAUGUCCCUAGUCCGGCCUUCGAGCCACUCAGUCCUGUUCUUGCGUCAGACAGUCUUCCAGCGCCCACGCCAUCUCAGGCACCACCCUCGCAGCAAGCGACACCCAAGGCGGAACCAAAGCUGAAACCAAAGCAAGAACCGUUGCCCAAAUCUGUCGAGUCGGUGCCGAAGGAGGCGAAAGAGACGAAGGAGGGCAAACCAAGACGUGGAAGGCCGUCUCGGAACGCGCAAAGGGAUGCCGCACAGGAGACGCCUUCACGCAUCGUCGCGCGAAGCCAGUCCGUGGCUUCUCAGGCCGAUGAGCUGUCCAUGGAUGAUCAUGAGCUGGCGCCUCGUGUUAAGAACGAAGAGGCUACGCCAAGACCACCAGAUGAGGCUGGUGACACGACGGCCGAUGAGAGUGGCCCAAGCCGACGACACGCCGUCACACCCAGCAGCGUGUCGUCCCGUCUAGCACACAAGCGGAAACGUCAGGAAUCCCCUGUAGAACUACCGCCACAACCCGCGAGCACGCCAACACACGUGCUCUGGACCCGUCAGUUUGGCAAGAUCAGUAACCCUGCCCUGGAUCAGAUCAGCAGCCACCGUUGUGCCAACCAGUUUGCUCAUGCGAUUCGCGAGCGAGACGCGCCAGGCUACAAGGGCCUCAUUCUGCAACCGCAGGACAUAAAAUCGAUCCGGGCUGCCAUGACCCACGGCAACAGGGCCGCAGUGGAAGCGGCCAAGAAGCUCCCGGACGGCGAUCCCGGCACGCCGACGUUAUGGCUCCCAAUCAGCAGCGAUCUGUUGCCGCCCAAGUCCAUCAUCAACAGCGAGCAGCUGGAGCGCGAGCUGGUCCACAUGUUCUCCAACGCCAUCAUGUACAACCUGGAUCCGUACCGCGGCCCAGGUAAUUCGUUCAUGAAGCGCGAGGCCUCGGUGGACGGCGAAGGCGACGCUGAGCCCUCAACCUACCGUGUCGACGAAGACGCGGUCGUCCGCGACUCGCGCAUCAUGUUCGUCGAGGUGGAGCGGCUCCUGGGCGAUCUCAGGGCGGCCGAGAGGGAUCGCAGCGGGCUGCCACCUUCGGGUAGCGGCAGCGCGCGGCCCACGAGCGUGGCCGCGACGCCUAGGGGCGAGAGCACGCCGGCGGCGCAGACGGCUGAUGAUGACAUGGACGAAUUGGCGGGCGACGAGAACACGGGCUCGACGUACAAGAGAAGGCGGAUCGGCACGCGCGACGCCGGGUCUCGUGCUUAG